AAGAUGGAUGUCUGCAGUAAGAUUCCUGCUGAAUCUCUGUGUUGCUACAAUAGAAAGUGACACAGAUACAGGAACAAGAUUCACAACUCUGUCAUCUGUGUGCAGUUACAAAACCUUCCCUUUCAAUUUUGAUCAGUAUGAUGAUUUUGAUCAGAGUGAUUUCCUGCUGGAUCUUUGCUCACAUGUGAAGGACUAUGAGACUCAAACAGGCAGGAGUUUCCUUCCAGCAUUACAGUCAGUUUUCCAGUCAGCUGAUGUCUGGAUCAUAGAUCUCUCACAGAGAAAGAUCUCUGUCCUCCUGGAAGUGCUGAAACUCCAAACAGAGAAGAAACAAGUAGAGCUGAGAGGAUAUUCAAAGGAAGACAGUGAAAUGAAGAGUUUUCUUCAGUGUCUGCCCUACAUCUCACAGCUGAGUUUUGGGGAAUUUUAUUAUAAAGAAAAGAUGUCUGCAGUAAGAUUCCUGCUGAAUCUCAGUGUUGCUGCAGUAGAAAGUGACACCGAUACAGGAACAAGAUUCACAACUCUGUCAACUGUGUGCAGUUACAAAACCUUCCCUUUCAAUUUUGAUCAGUAUGAUCCUUUUGGUCAGAGUGAUUUCCUGCUGGAUCUUUGCUCACAUGUGAAGAACUAUGAGACUCAAACAGGCAAGAGUUUCCUUCCAGCAUUACAGUCAGUUUUCCAGUUACCUGAUGUCUGGAUCAUAGAUCUCUCACAGAGAAAGAUCUCUGUCCUCCUGGAAGUGCUGAAACUCCAAUCAGAGAAGAAACCAGUAGAGCUGAGAGGAAGUUCAGAGGAAGAGAGUGAAGUGAUGAGUUUCUUUCAGUGUCUGCCCUACAUCUCACAGCUGAGGUUUUAUAAUUGGAACAGCAGUCAUGCAGUGCAGUUUGUUCUGAAAGUCUUCAUUAAAGCAGCAGAGAUUGAGACACAGACAGAAGAGCAGAUGCUGAAACUGUUAUCAUCAGUCUGCAACUACAGCUCUUGUCCUAAUGAAAGGACAUACAGAAUUAAAAAGAGUGAUUUCCUGCUGGAUCUUUGCUCACAUGUGAAGAACUAUGAGACUCAAACAGGCAGGAGUUUUCUUCCAGCAUUACAGUCAGUUUUCCAGUCAGCUGAUGUCUGGAGCAUAGAUCUCUCACAGAGAAAGAGCUCAAUCCUCCUGGAAGUGCUGAAACUCCAAUCAGAGAAGAAACCAGUAGAGCUGAGAGGAUGUUCAGAGGAAGAGAGAGAAGUGAUGAGUUUCCUUCAGUGUCUGCCCUACAUCUCACAGCUGAGGUUUGAUCACUGGAAUAGCAGUCAUGCAGUGCAGUUUGUUCUGAGACUCUUCAUUAAAGAAGCAGAGAAUGAGAUACAGACAGGAGAGCAGAUGCUGAAGCUGUUAUCAUCAGUCUGCAACUACAGCUCUUUUCCUUAUGAAAGCACUGACAGAAUUAAACAGAGUAAUUUCCUGCUGGACCUUUGCUCACAUGUGAAGGACUAUGAGACUCAAACAGACAGGAGUUUCCUUCCAGCAUUACAGUCAGUUUUCCAGUCAGCACCUGAUGUCUGGAUCAUAGAUCUCUCACAGAGAAAGAGCUCCGUCCUCCUGGAAGUGCUGAAACUUCAAACAGAGAAGAAACCAGUAGAGCUGAGAGGAUGUUCAGAGGAAGAGAGUGAAAUGAAGAGUUUUCUUCAGUGUCUGCUCUACAUCUCGCAGCUGAGGUUUGAGUAUUGGAAUAGCAGUCUUGCCAUUCAGAGUGUUUUGAGACUGUUUAUUAAAGCAGCAGAGACUGAGACACAGACAGAAGAGCAGAUGCUGAAACUGUUAUCAUCAGUCUGUAGCUACAGCUCUUUUCCUUAUGAAAUGACUGACAUAAUUAAACAGAGUGAUUUUCUGCUGGAUCUUUACUCACAUGUGAAGAAUUUUGAGACUCAAACAGGCAGGAGUUUCCUUCCAGCAUUACAGUCAGUUUUCCAGUCAGCACCUGAUGUCUGGUCCGUAGAUCUCUCACAGAGAAAGACCUCAAUCCUCCUGGAAGUGCUGAAACUCCAAACAGAGAAGAAACCAGUAGAGCUGAGAGGAUGUUCAGAGGAAGAGAGUGAAAUGAUGAGUUUCCUUCAUUGUCUGUCCUACAUCUCACAGCUGAGGUUUGAUCACUGGAACAACAAUCAUGCAGUGCAGUUUGUUCUGAAAGUCUUCAUUAAAGCAGCAGAGACUGAGACACAGACAGGAGAGCAGAUGCUGAAACUGUUAACAACAGUCUGUACCUACAGCUCUUUUCCAUAUCAGUGGUCUGAUAGAAUUAAACAGAGUGAUUUCCUGCUGGACCUUUGCUCACAUGUGAAGGACUAUGAGACUCAAACAGGCAGGAGUUUCCUUCCAGCAUUACAGUCAGUUUUCCAGUCAGCACCUGAUGUCUGGAUCAUAGAUCUCUCACAGAGAAAGAGCUCCAUCCUCCUGGAAGUGCUGAAACUCCAAACAGAGAAGAAACCAGUAGAGCUGAGAGGAUAUUCAGAGGAAGAGAGUGAAAUGAUGAGUUUCCUUCCGUGUCUGCCCUACAUCUCACAGCUGAGUUGUUCUGAGCUGUGUUUGUUAACACUAGUUAAAGUGGUCCAAUACAGAGAGAAUCCAGAGCUGGUGACUUUACUGUUGGAGGUUCUUAGCUUCUCCCUCAGUUUGGAAGGACAUUUACCCAGCAGAACCUGCAGGUCUGUGGGGAGAGUCUUGCGUUUCUCUUCUGACAGACUCAACCUCACUCUAAAACCUAAAGCCGUCUCUCUAAAAGGAACAAGGCUUCUUUUCAGACACAUCAAAAACAUACACACACUCAGGCUGAGUGGUUAUAUGGUGGUGAGAAUAGCACAGGCAUUGAGGUCUAUGUGGGUUCAAACUCCUGUCACUGUUUAUGAACUCACACUUAACCUGAAUAUGGAACAGUGGUCAGAGAGGAAGCCGUCCAGGGUCCUGAGCAAUUUGGCCAUCAUUCUGAGACUCUGGACUGUCCAGUGUUUGAACUUGACUGAAUACAAGAUGUUGUCUGUUUCUCUAUCUGUCCUACUGUGUCACCAGGGGCCAGUGAUUCUCAGACCAUCUAAAGAGACUCUCCGGAAGCUGAUUGAAUGUGUCUGUGAAGCUCAGGAAGAGGAACUGACUCAGUGCUUCCUGCAGAAAGUGGGUGGAGAUCUGACUUCCUGUUCCUUAAGCUGGGAAGAGCUUCACUAUUUCCUGCAGCACAAGAUUCCACACAUCACUGUGGACCUCAGAAAGAGCAACAUUGAAUGCAACGUCAGAAACAUUUUGCCAUUUUUGAACAGGAUUCAAUUUAAACGGAUGAGCUCUACCUUCAUGCUGUCUGUAAUCAGAGGGAUCUAUGAGUCUGGCUCAGUUGGUUUUGUGUCCAGAGACAACUCAAGUCACUUCUUGAUUGUUGACAGGCUGCUGUUACUGAGGAUGCUGCACUGCUGCAGUGUCUCUGAUGUCCAGCAGGAGGCAGCAGCAGUUCUGCUCUCUGUCCUGCAGCACAAGCUGGAUUUCUCCUGCUGUUCUGCUCUGGAUCUGACAGCAAACACAGACUCAGAGCCUCUACAUCUGACCAUUGAGGACUGCCAUUUUCUGGCUCAUGUGAGGCCUAAGGAAGCCGAGUCUCUUUCUCAAGCUCUGGGUAAAGAGCUUGACCUCAGUCAGACUCAGCUGAACCUGCAGGUCUGUAGAGGUCUGGAGCUGAUUCUGGAAUAUUCUGAAGGACUGACAGAACUGGAUCUGAGUCAGUGCCGUCUCACCGAUGACAGCCUGGAUCUGCUCCUCCCAAACCUCCACAAAGUGCAAAACAUUGAGUGA